GUCUUACAACGACCCCGAUACUGUUAAAAAGCACGGUGCUUUAUAACAGUAAAGCUUCUGGAAAACCCAAACAAAAGACACGUCACCCGGUGACGUCAGCCUAUAUACAGUUCUGUGUGGUCGCAGCACAUAAGCAAUUCCAUUCUUGUGCCGUUUCUCGGAAAAGCUUUUCAGUAAAUGCACUCAUGCUGCUCCAGGAGCUCUUCUCUGCAACAAGCCGCCCAUCUGCCAUCAACAAGUUAAGACCGAGAGAACUAACGGCUGCGGAAAGGAGAGACUAAAGCUUUGAUUAACCAGCUGAGCAGUUAAAGGAGGACGAAAUUUAAUAACUUACAUUCAAAACUGAUUGAGGAAUCAGAGAAGACAGAGAAAAUGAAACCAAUGCUUUCGAGAGGAAUAUCCUAAGGAAAAAAUAACUCACCCUGCUGGAUGAUUUUACUCAGAAAGCCUGGGACACAGAAAACAGGAAACUGGUCAAAGGCUCCUGCAUGUUAGAGCCUUUUACAGACUCACUGCGUUGAGUCUAACAACCGCGACUGAAUGCAGCCUCCAAUGUGCUCAGAAGAAUGGGCUUACAUUUCAAGUGGCCAUUAGGGGCCCCUAUGCUGGCAGCAAUAUAUGCAAUGAGUAUGGUUUUAAAAAUGCUGCCUGCCCUGGGUAUGGCGUGUCCACCCAAAUGCCGCUGCGAGAAGCUGCUCUUCUACUGCGACUCUCAGGGCUUCCGCUCAGUGCCAAACGCCACAGACAAGGGCUCUCUGGGCCUGUCCCUGAGGCACAAUCACAUCACAGAGCUCGAAAGGGAUCAAUUUGCCAGCUUCAGUCAACUUACCUGGCUCCACUUAGACCACAAUCAAAUUUCAACAGUAAAAGAAGAUGCUUUUCAAGGACUAUAUAAACUUAAGGAAUUAAUCUUAAGUUCCAACAAAAUAUUUUAUUUACCAAACACAACUUUUACUCAACUGAUUAACCUGCAAAAUUUGGACCUGUCUUUUAAUCAGCUGUCAUCUCUGCACCCAGAGCUCUUCUAUGGCCUUCGGAAACUGCAGACCUUGCAUUUACGGUCCAACUCCCUGCGGACUAUCCCAGUACGCCUAUUCUGGGACUGUCGUAGUCUGGAGUUUCUGGAUUUGAGCACAAACCGUUUGCGAAGUUUGGCUCGCAAUGGAUUUGCAGGAUUAAUCAAACUGAGAGAGCUUCACCUAGAGCACAACCAGCUGACGAAGAUUAAUUUUGCUCAUUUCCUACGGCUAAGCAGUCUGCACACACUCUUCUUACAAUGGAACAAAAUUAGCAACUUGACAUGUGGGAUGGAGUGGACCUGGGGCACUUUAGAAAAGCUAGACCUGACUGGAAAUGAAAUCAAAGCCAUCGACCUGACAGUGUUUGACACGAUGCCUAAUCUUAAAAUUCUCCUCAUGGAUAACAACAAGUUAAAUAGCCUUGAUUCCAAGAUCUUAAACUCCCUGAGAUCCCUCACAACUGUUGGCCUCUCUGGCAAUCUGUGGGAAUGCAGCCCUCGAAUAUGUGCUUUGGCCUCCUGGCUGGGCAGUUUCCAAGGUCGGUGGGAACAUUCCAUCCUAUGUCACAGUCCUGACCACACCCAAGGAGAGGAUAUACUGGAUGCAGUCCAUGGAUUUCAGCUCUGCUGGAAUUUAUCAACCACUGUCACUGCCAUGGCUACAACUUAUAGGGAUCCAACCACUGAAUAUACAAAAAGAAUAAGCUCAUCAAGUUACCAUGUGGGAGACAAAGAAAUCCCAACUACUGCAGGCAUAGCAGUUACUACUGAGGAACACUUUCCCGAACCAGACAAUGCCAUCUUCACUCAGCGGGUAAUUACAGGAACAAUGGCUUUAUUGUUUUCUUUCUUUUUUAUUAUUUUUAUAGUGUUCAUCUCCAGGAAGUGCUGCCCUCCCACUUUAAGAAGAAUUAGGCAGUGCUCAAUGAUUCAGAACCACAGGCAGCUCCGAUCCCAAACACGACUCCAUAUGUCAAACAUGUCAGACCAAGGACCGUAUAAUGAAUAUGAACCCACCCAUGAAGGACCCUUCAUCAUCAUUAAUGGUUAUGGACAGUGCAAGUGUCAGCAGCUGCCAUACAAAGAAUGUGAAGUAUAAUAUCUACCCGUCAUCAAAAAUUACAUCAGAUAAGUAACCUAUUUUACAUAGUAGGGGAUAAAUACAUACCUAAUUUUUACCAAUGGUGACAUUAAGCCUAAUUUUCCAAACCAAGUGGAGACUUAAGUUUUUGAAGUGUUGAAGUAUUUUUAAUUUUUUUUAAUGAACCCAUAUUUUAAGUGUUAUAUGAAGCAAAGCUCAUAUUAAUUUGCACUCUUGUUGCAAAGUCUAAAAAUGCUUAUUUCAAAAUAAGACAUUUCAUGUAUGUAAUUAUUAUAUACUAUCAUGUGUAAACAUUUACACUAAGGUCUCCAUAUGCUAUUUUUUUCUACUGAAAACAGUUUGGAAAGAAGCUACUGAGCAGAAAAAGAUAUGGAUCAAUACUUGUUAGAUCACUGCUCUCCAUCCCAAGAACCACAACUGGCUUGCUGCUUAAAAGGAGGCUUAGCAAAGUUUUCGUCUAUGACAAUUUGGUAUUUACUCAAAUCUACAAUUUAUUGCCAGUGUGGGAAGUAGAAUUUCAUGUAUGCUGAAGACUGGUAAAUAUUAAACACUCUUCUUCCAGAGUUUUUGCCUGGGUUAGUAGACACUAUCAAAGUCCACAUUAUGAAAUCAGAACCCUUUAUGUAAUUCUAAUAAGCUGAGUGACUCUUUAAUAUAUUUAAACAAUGAAUCCAAGUGAUUGUGAAAAGGUCUCAUUACAAUGAAAUCAAUAGUAAAUAAUCACACUGACUUCACGUUAUACAACUCUAAUUUGACUUAUAAUGGAAAUGUUGAUUUUUGUGGCACUUAGACAAUUUUUAAACUAAUCUAAAAAUCAUCAUUUUACUAAUUAGUUUACUAAAUCCUAUAUUUACAUUUAUAUGUGAAAAAAAGAUUUAGAAAUUAUUUCGGAGAGAAAAGAGAUAAACUGAGUCCAUUUAACAAUCCUGUGACCUGCUCCCUGUAGUAUGAAAGCACACACACCAAUUCUCUCCCUCCCUCCACGAUCAAAGAUGCCUUGACAAAGGGGUUUAAACCUCUUUCUUCUGCCUUUUCCUAAUCUUCAAACCUCAAAAAGCCAAAUUAAAAAUAAUCGGCUAGCAAUAGAAUAUACUAGAAUACAGUACAAUGGAACCAAGAAAAAAAUCACUUUCUAAAUAUGAUAUGCUAAAAUUUGACUGUUUAAUAAAGAUACAUAUCCAUACUGUAAGAGCAGUUCCUUCUAAGUGAAAGGAAUAACAUUACUGAGGCAAGCUUUCUCGUGGGAGAAUACCCUACAUGCCUAUGCAGCCACACAGUGGUAACCUGAAGGUGGCAAGGAUGUGAAGGGAUGAAACAGAAAGGCAGCAUUUUGAAAUGUGACCCGCAGAAACAGUUUAGCUUAAGUUAAAAAGGCAACCAAGAGUGAGGCAAAGGUUAACUACACAAUCUGCAUCAAACAGGGCAAGGCCCUGGGUCCUGCAGCUGAAAAAGAAAGUGUUAAUAGAUACAUUCCAUAAUUAACAAAUGAUAACGAUGCCACACUUUUCAUGCAGAAAACUGCCGUAAGUAUUUUGUUUCUUUGAUUAUGAUUUCUACAAAGAAACUAUGACAUAUUUGGGAUUUAGAUGAAAGUCACCAAUCCAUACAUAAUUUUUCCAUAAACGAGGCUCCAUGUAUGCAGCAGCAAAACCCAUUAAAUUAGACCACUGACUUAAUUUUGAAAAAAUGAGCAUUUCUACAACUGACAUUUAAUGUAUGUGAAAAAAGGCAUGUAUCCUUAGAGAAAACCACAACCAUUAAAAAAAAAAAAAACAAACAACAGGUUAUCUUUUCCUUAAAAUGACCAUUAACAUGACAUCCAU